AUGAGGGUUCUAAUGAAGUUUGUCUUAGGUGACGAAAAGCCAGCCAAAGUCAAAGUGGAAUUGGCUCCUGGUAUCUCCUCCAGAGGCUCGGUGGUUAAAAGAAAUCAGCAGCCUGUCAACACUGAGCAAAACUCCCCUAAGGAAAACGCCUCCAAACUGACUCUGGAGAACUCGGAAGCUGUAAGCCAGCUCCUAAGUGUAGCUCCUCCAAGAGAAGUGGGUGAGGAGAAUGAGUGGGAGGAAGUGAUCAUCUCAGAUGCCCAUGUUUUGGUCAAGGAAGCUCCUGGGAAUCGUGGUACAGCAGCCACGAAGACGCCGAUGGUCAAGAGUGGUGUGCAGCCUGAGGUCUCUCUGGGGACAACUGAGAAUGACAGUCCUGGACCAGACGUACCACCACCAGCUGAGAGGACCAGCACCUCCAGUCCUCUCCCUGCUCCUAAGAAGCCUACAGGAGUUGACCUGCUCACCCCUGGGGCCAGAGUCCCGGAGCUUAAAGGCAAAGCUCGGGUCAGACCCUCAUUACUGGCUGCAGCAAGACCCAUGAGAGCAAUUCUCCCAGCCCCAUCUAAUGUGGGCCGAGGCAGCGGCAUGGGACUGCCCAGGGCCAGGCAGGCCUUUCCCCUGAGUGAUAAAACCCCUUCUGUGAGGACUUGUGGCCUGAAGCCAAGCACGCUGAAGCAGCUGGGCCAGCCGAUCCAACAGCCAUCUAACACCAGUGAGGUGAAGCUCUCAAACAGUCCGGCCAGUAGGACAUCUCAGGUGAAAGUUGUAGAGGUCAAGCCAGAUAUGUUUCCUCCAUACAAGUACAGCUGCACUGUAACGCUGGAUUUGGGCCUGGCUACUUCAAGAGGCAGGGGAAAGUGCAAGAAUCCCUCUUGUAACUACGUCUACACCAACAGGCAUAAACCACGGAUUUGUCCCAGUUGUGGUUUUAACCUUGCCAAAGACCGAACUGAGAAAACCACCAAGGCUCUCGAGGUCAACUCACCUCUCCCAGAUGUGCUGAGUGCCACAGAGCCACUGAGCCUGGCCCAGAGAGAGAUCCAGCGCCAGUCCACGCUGCAGCUGCUGCGCAAAAUCCUGCAGAUUCCUGAGAACGAGUCAGAGCUGGCCGAGGUCUUCGCCCUGAUUCACGAACUCAACAGCUCUCGACUCAUUCUGUCCAACGUGAGUGAAGAGACAGUCACCAUCGAGCAGACCUCUUGGUCGAAUUAUUAUGAGUCUCCGUCCACGCAGUGCCUACUCUGUAGCAGCCCAUUAUUCAAAGGGGGACAAAACUCCCUGGCUGGGCCCCAGGAGUGCUGGCUGCUGACAGCCAGCCGGCUGCAGGUGGUGACUGCCCAAGUGAAGAUGUGCCUGAACCCUCAUUGUCUGGCCCUGCACAGCUUCAUGGACAUCCAUACAGGUGCGU